AUGUUCAGCUUCCGCCGCAAGCCGCGCAAGUCACUGUCAGAGGCCGACCACUCCGGUCCUCCCUUCGUCCGCCACUCGCCCUCGCUCCCAGAGCUCAAUGCGCAAGGCAUACCAUGGCCCGAACACCUCGUCGACCUUUCUGCCGUCCCAGAGACGCCGCAAACUCCUUCAAAAGGUGCGGCCAAGACACUCUUUGACACCGAAUCGCAGGGUCCCAUUCCAUUCCAUGUCCCAUGGUCGUCUCCAGGCAAACCUGCAGGCGGGUCCAUUUCCUCCUUACGCGCAGGCAAGCACUCGCGUCCCAAGCUUAGCCUCCGCAAGGCCCGCGCCCCACGACGUUCAACAUCAUGGUGCGUGGUUGGCAGCCAAGGGACAGGAAAGACGUCCCUGCUCCGGCUCCUCCUCGACACCGCCGACAUCUCACCCACGGCCACGCCCGAGCAGAGGGCUGCGAUGGAGACCUUCCUCCGCGGCACCCCGAAGCGCACCGACUCGAUCCAGUCAACAUGCGUCGAAAUAUGCGAAUCUCGAUACGAUCGUGUGCUCCUCUCGGUGAUCGACACGCCCGGCCUCGACUUCCAGGAGGGCCACGAGCUCAAGCUGGAGCGGCAAGUCUCCGUGGUGGUCAAGUACAUGGACACGCAGUUCUCAGAUACACUUGGCGAGGAAUCGAAAGUCAUCCGACAGAGCAAAGGCGAUCAGCACAUCCAUCUAUGCAUCUACAUGAUUGAUCCGAAGUCAAUCAUGAGCACAUCCCUCCGGCGCGCCCUCUCCUCGCUUCCGAUAAAGUCGCGCUCCGAGACAACCAUCUCGCGGCAGACGAACCCGCCGGAGCUGUCCUUCUCGGACUCCACGUCUGACGAUGACGACGACGAGGCCGGCGCAGAGCUGACGAUGUCCCCCGCCGACAUACGUGUCAUCCGCCGCCUCAGCACGCGCGCGAACGUCCUCCCCGUGCUCGCACGUGCGGACUCGCUGACCGACGACACGCUCGCGGAGAUGAGACGCGUCGUGCGCCGCGACCUCCUCGAAGCGGGCCUCGACUUUGGCGUGUUCGGCCCUAUAAGCCCCGAGCCACCCGCGACUGCAAAGCCCGAGACGAACGGACACGGGCCUGCGGACAGGAAUGGGAACGGGAAUGGGAACGGGAACGGGAAUGGGAACGGGAACGGUACCAGCAAACGCCACGGGACCAACGACACGGAGAGCGAGUCUGAAGAAGACCCAGAAGAGCGGCGCUCGCGCCCCGUCAUCAAACUUCGCACUACGCGCACGAACACGACCAGCAGGGCGCGGUCGCAGUCGCGUUCGCGGAUGAGCCUCUCCGAGCUCGCAGCAAGGGAGCGCGCGGAGCCGGACGCGACGGACGUGGACAGCGUCGCGAGCGUGCGCUUCUCGGCGAGUGUCGUCGCGAAGAGCGACCUCGCAGACAUCCUGCCGUUCGCGCUCAUCACCCCGGAGCGCGUGAAGCGGCGGCGCUCUGCGAAGCCGCUCGACCAGCAGUCGGUGCAGACCGACACGGGCUCGGGCUCGGGCGCGGCGCCCUCGGAAGACGGGCACGCGCACUCUGUCGCGGACUCGGCGUAUACGGCGCCCGCGAGCCCGUCGACGCCGAGCUCCUCGGUGAAGCACUUCCCGUACCUGGCGGGCCCGCCAGCGGAUCUGAGGGGCGUGUUCAUCAGGAAGUUCAGGUGGGGGACGGUGGACGUGUUGAACCCGCAGCAUUGUGACUUCGCGGCGAUGCGCACGGCGGUGCUGUCCACGUAUAUGAAAAUGCUGAAGAUCCGCACGAACGAGGUCCUGUAUGAGAAGUUCAGGACGGAGAAGCUGCUCGCGAGACGCGCGACGGCGAAUAUCAGCGAGCAAGAGACGCGCAAGCUGCUGCAAGACCUGGGUCUGUGAGGCGUUUCCCUUCCUCGUUGCUGCUUCCCUUCAUCAUGCAUCAUCUCCGGUUCCGUUCUGCCUCCGCAUAUCGUAAGGUGUCGUCCACGGGGAUACCUGAGCUAAGUCCGCCGUUGCUUCAUCAGUUUUCCUAACAUUAUAUCUUCACUUUUAACUUUGUGUAUCUUUCGAGCGAUACCCAUCGUGCUCCCAUAUAGUCGACACUCGUUCUUUGAUGGCUUUUUUCUCUUACUGGAUUAUACAGAAGUGGGGAAUCAAUGUAAUGUGAAUUCAUUUCAA